UGUCACCCCUCACACCCGCAGUCUGUACUACACAUAUAUAACAUGUCACCCCUCACACCCGCAGUCUGUACUACACAUAUAUAACAUGUCACCCCUCACACCGCAGUCUGUACUACACAUAUAUAACAUGUCACCCCUCACACCCGCAGUCUGUACUACACAUAUAUAACAUGUCACCCCUCACACCCGCAGUCUCUACUACACACAACUCCCCCAGUUCUCCGUCACACGACGUGUACGGCGCGUCGGUGAGGUGGGGGAACGUCUCCAUGGCGAUUCUGAGUGCCGGGUGACGUCAUGAGGGGGCGGCUCCCCACGGCGUGGGCGUCCCGCGGGUGUAAUGCGAGCGGGGGGAGGAGGAGGAGAAGGCGGAGAGCCCGGGGCCCGAGCGGGAGGAGGAGACCGUCCUCACACCGGAGCCAGGCACCAAGCGGAGAGCAGCAGCCAGCGGGACACAGCCAUGAAGACCCCGGCCGCCGAGCCAGGGUUCGCCUUUCCUGACUGGGCCUAUAAGCCGGAGUCCAGCCCGGGCUCCAGACAGAUCCAGCUCUGGCACUUCAUUCUAGAGCUUCUGAGAAAAGAAGAAUAUCAUGAUGUCAUCGCCUGGCAAGGAGAUUACGGAGAAUUUGUUAUAAAGGACCCAGAUGAGGUGGCGCGGUUAUGGGGCGUGCGCAAGUGUAAACCUCAAAUGAACUACGAUAAGCUGAGCCGGGCACUCAGGUAUUACUACAACAAGAGAAUUCUUCACAAAACCAAAGGCAAACGCUUCACCUACAAGUUUAACUUUAAUAAACUGGUGUUGGUCAAUUACCCCUUCAUAGAUAUGGGCAUGACAGGAGGGCCAGUACCUCAGAGUGCUCCACCUGUACCAUCAGGAGGAACGCAUUUCCGUUUCCCACCCUGCACCCCAUCAGAUGUUUUGUCUCCCAGUGAAGAGCUACGUUCACCAACCUUCUUUUCAUCUGUGGCACGGCGUCUAGCCCGAGGAUCGGUUAGUGACUGCAGCGAUGGAACUUCAGCAAACUCUGAAGUAGAAGAGAGCCUGAGUGAGGAGCAGCACCGAAGAGGCCCUGGGCCUGACAUCCCAGCAUUCAGAGGGCCGCCACUUCCUCGACUCUCUCAUGAGGGCAUCUUCAGGGUCUACCCUCGUCCACGGGUGCCAGAACCCCUUAGCCCAUUCCCAGUGUCGCCUAUGGGUGCUCCUACUGGCCUAUUGCCCCCACAGCUGUCACCUGCCUUACCGAUGACCCCUAAUCAUAUGAACUAUACACCAUCUCCCACUCUGAGCCCCAUGUACCCAGGCGGUAGUCAUUUUUCAUUCAACCCCGAAGACAUGAAGCGUUACCUUCAGGCACACACGCAGAGCGUGUAUAACUACCACCUUAGCCCACGAGCAUUUUUGCACUACCCCAGUAUUGUGGUGCCUCAACCACAGCGCCCUGAAAAGCCUCUACAUUUGCCUCCCGAUGAGCCUCCGUUCAAAUUUAAACUUCAGCCUCCUCCUUUGGGCAAAAAGCAGCGGGACCGACUCAUGGAACCUAGUUCAUCUACCUCCUCUUCCUCUGGGGUUCCACAAAUCAAAGUAGAGCCCAUCUCUGAUGCUGAGGAAGAUGAUGAGGAACUCAUGGUGGAGGUGACAGACAUCAGUGAAGAAGAGGAAGAAGACGAGGAGGUGUUUAAGGCACCCACGGCCCCAGAGCAAAAAAUCCCUCCACCAAUUCCACCUGGUAGGGAAGAAGAAUCGGGAAGUGAAAGUGGCCGUUGCAUCCCUCUUAAGUUGCGCUUUAAACGUCGUUGGAGUGAGGAUCAACGUCUGGAGGCCGAGGGAGGAGCAGAGGAUUCGGACAAAAAAGUGCGAAGUAAUCAGGAGGAGCCAAAGCUUCCUCCACAGCCCGGUGGAACCCCCUGUAGAAGGGUGAGCACCGAUCUCCAGAGAGCUACAGAGGAACUGUCAUUGGAAAGCCGGGAUUCCUAAUGGAGGACUUACUGGGCCCACCAAGCGUAGCCUGGUCACCUAUAUGCAGAUUGAUUCCCAUUGUGGGAUCAUGUUCCAGUGGAAUUUAAUUACCCCCCCCCCCCAACCCAAAAAAAAGGGUCCUUAGGUUCCCUGGAUGUAAGGACCUUUUGUUUUUAUAAUCCCAUAUUUUAUUUUAUAAAUGUUUUGGGUGGGAGGGAAGACUUUAAACGAAGAGGGGGGGAAAAAAAUACAUGAAAAUAACUGGGUUCGCUGUAGAAAUGCUUUUAUUUUUUAACAUAAGAAAAUUGCUUUAAAUGAUCUCACUUAUCAUUGGGUGGACAUUUUAACCUCCUUUUAUUUCGUACAUAUGUAAAUAUUGCUUCCCUCUGCAUGGCAUUAAGCUGGGUCGUCAAACAGGGUGCUUUUUCUCCUUUUUUAUUUUUUUCCUUAAAUUUUUACAUGUAAAAAAAAUAAAAAAUACUUUAUAAAUCCAAAGGAAAUCAUAUUCCACAAGUAUGCCCUGCCCUUGCCAGCUAAAGACUGGUGCUUUCUCAGGUUUUUGGGGCGCAACACCCCCUCAUUUUACCCUGGGCAUUCACGCACCCCAGCAUUUUCCCUACCAUCUGUACCAUCAGGAUAGUUAACUGUUUCCCUGAGGAACUCCUCUGCCCUGCAGUGCCUCUCCCACCAGGAAACGGUUAAUCCCACACAUCAAUUUUCAUGAGUGUUGCCUUACAAAUUUCGAGUUUUAUAUGAUAUUGUAUAAUGAUUUUUUUUUUUUUCUUCCUCCCAGAUUUUUAUAAACUUUUAUACCCUUGCCUUCCCUCCCUCCUGCUAAUCUGAACUCUAGUGAGCUGUCCUGGUUCACUUUCUUUUCAUUUUAUUUUUUAAAAGGUAAAGGAAAUAAUAGUUAAAAAAAAAAUUAAUAUAGGGGUGUGUUUUAUGUAUCGCCCCAUUAAAAGGAAAAUAUAUAUGUAUACAUAUAAUAAACAAGUCUAUUCCGUGUAAUUUUUUUCUGCAGGAUGCUGCCCACUAUGACAUGUGGCUUACUGGAAAUGGUUUUUUUUUUUUUUUUUUUAUAUAUUUUAUUUUUUUUCCCUUUAAUCCACCCUCAAAAUAUUCAAGUUCCUUCAUAGGAGCUCCUCUGACUCUGUAAUUUGCAGGACAUUCGUUGCUGCAACCGUGAUGUUCUGCCUCCAUGUAAAAUAUUGUUUAUAAUUUUUAUUUCUGUCCCCAAGCUUUUUUUUUUAAUGGGGACUGCUGGUUCUUAAAACAAAAAAAAUGGUAACCUAGCCUCUGUGGCGUUUUUUCGCCUUGUCGUUACAAUCAGACCUACACAAAUGUGCCUUAUCGAGAUGACUUGCAGGCUGCAUCACGAAUAGUCUUAAAUACACAUCUGCCCCAAUUCCCGCCAUAUGCAGAAAUGGUGUUCUCUGCCCAUGUUUUUUUAUUUUAUUUUUUUCUGCCCAUGUUUUUUUCUUUUUCAUUUUUUUUCAUAUUUUUUUUUUUCCUUCAAUUUUUACAAUGUUUGGCCUUUUGGGGAUGUUACGAUGCCCCUGGCAGAAUUUAAUGUCUGUCUUAGAUAAAUAUCUAUAACGCACCAUUGUUGACAGAUUAUGUCCUAUGUAGGGUUAUAAUCGGUUCAGAUAGGUUCAUCAAAUUCUAUUUAAUCUUUUUAAGUAAUGAAUUGUUGACAAUGGAUUGUUGGGAUAAACAUACCAAAAAUAAUUAACUAAAUACUGCUUAGCUCUUUGAAAGAGUGCUAGUUAGUUUAUUUUUAUUUUUUUUAAGGGGUACUCCAAUGAAAAAACUUUAUUUUUUUUAUUUUAU